UCUCCGAUAUCAAACACGAAAUCGUUGUCUUCUCCAGAGACACGUACUUGUCUCUGUCUUCUCUUCUGGUUAACGGCUUUGGUUCGAGACACGUUAUGAUUUUAGAAUAUUAGUUAGGUUAUAAAAACGUAAACAAGCUCUUGUUUAACUUGUUCAAAUUAGGCUGAAAAAGUGUUUAGCAGUUACCUGAAAAGGAUCAGCUUCAGAUGGGAAAGGUCCCAUUGAGGUGCAGAGUAUGCUGGGUGAGGGAAAAAAAGCAGAGGAUGGUUCCCGUAACAGAUCCUUGUGCAGAGGGGCCCCGAUCAAUUAGAGACGCAAUUCUGUUGUGUGUACCAACCUCGACUAUUAAAGAGGACGAUUUCAUAUGUAAAGUUUGUUUCGAGCAGUUGACUCCUGCCUUCCAAUUUGUGGCUCUGUGCCUGGAAACCGAGAAGCUUUUAGAGCAGGAAAAAAGCAAGAAAGCCGGCCUUCCAAACAUAAUACAGGGUUCUGAAGAGAAUCAUGAUAAUGAUGAAGGCGAUUUGAACCCUUGUUCUGCGGAGCAUUCUCCUGAGCCAAGCGAAGAGAUUAGCGUGAAUGGAAUUGAUGCAAACGCAAAAGCUCUAGAAACUCCAUCGAAAUUUGGCGAGUUAUUGGAUUUUGGCCUAGACAACUUGCGAUAUAUAUCUGUGCCAAUUCAACCCAGUGAAAACUUAAAAACAGAACUGACUCGGACUGGAGUAAAUAUUGUCAAUUUAUCAAGCGAUCCCACCAAAAAGAAACGGUUAAUACUUCUAACGAGAGACUUGGACAUGUUGUAUAGAAAUGGACCAGCACCGCAUCCGAACUCAUAUCUAGAAAGAGAAGCUGAUUCAUCGAAGACGGUGUUCUCCUGUAGACAUUGCCCAGCACAAAUUGACGACGUUUAUCGCUUUCGACAGCACUGUGUGACUUUUCACAAGAACAAAAGGGCUUUUUCUUGCCGUCGUUGUGGAAAAGAAUUUUAUAGUUACCAGCAUCUACUUAACCAUGAGAAAAUGUUUGAGGGUGAAGACAAGUGCAGCUUUCAAUGUGCAAGGUGUAAAAAGGUGUUCAAGUCUAAAGCGCAGCUUCAACGCCACCAAGAGGAUGUGGCCGACGCGCCUUCUUGCAAGUUUUAUAAAUGCAAUGUUUGCUUUGUUAAAUUCAAAUCGGAAGACUUUAAAAACCAUUGCAAGGAGCACGCAAAUUUCCUCUGCGUAAAAUGUGGGAAGUGUCUGACAUCGGCAUGCAGUCUUUCUCAACACGAGAUCAAAUCCCAUCCAAUGGAAGCACAUCCUACCGCCGAGUCUAGGGCCCAAGACUACAUGUGUGAAAAAUGCGGAAAGAUUUUCCAGUCUUCUAUAAAGCUUCGUUCGCACAUAAGGGGUGCACAUAAGGAGUUCAAAUGUGGCGAGCUAUUCAUUUGCGACAAGUGCGCCCGCCCAUUCACUUCCAAAAGAUGUUUAACCCUACACUACAAUUUGAAACAUUCGACGAAAGCGGGUUCUGUGGGCGUUUCCAGGGCGUUCUUCUGCAAUAAGUGUAAUAAAGUGUGUCUUACCAAAUCCGGAUUGAAACAUCACAUGCGGUUUAUACAUCCGUUUAGCAACCCAGCCGCUGAAGACGCCAACAAGAUCCACAGUUGUCCCGGGUGCCAUGCUAGUUUUAGGACUGAAUCGGAACUGCAGGAGCAUCAGUCGAUUUGCGUGGGACCUGCGGAAACUAACGAGCCGCUAACACGCCUCAAUUCAAAUACCGCCUGCGUUUGCAGGAUCUGUCAUAAAAUAGUGGGCAAGAUCCAUACUUUAAAGUUGCAUUACAAGGGGCAUCUGGGGCUGCGACAGUUCGCGUGUCACAUUUGUGGUAGAAAAACACAGUCACACUUAUCUCUAAGACGACACCUAUUGAAGCAUGCUAAAUCCACUGACAAAUUCAGUUGUAAGAUUUGUCAGGUGUCCAUGUCAUCAUUCGUCGAAUUGGAAGAGCAUAUGGACAAAUUGCACCUAAAAAAGAGGUACAAAUGCAAAUACUGCCCGCAAAAGUUUGGUUUAAGAAUGUUGUGGCUAAGCCACGAAAGCAUCGAACACGAAGAAAUCAAUGCUAAAAAAGAGAAGCUGUUGAAAAUGCUGAUGUCUCAACCAAUUUUCUUGCGAGACCGCCGGUACGUAAACUCGGACCCCAGGGGUUCAACUAAAAAGCUGCGAAUGGAUGUCGAUGAAUUAGUGGAUAAGCUGAAGACAUCGGGUGAAAUCAUUGAUGAAAAUCAGCAGUUAGAAGCCGUGGUAGAGGAAUCAAAUUCCCAGAAGAACGAAGAGUUGUUUACAGAGGAGCAGUACGCCUGUGAAGUCCUACAAAGAUAUAACUUAAUGGAAUAGUUACGGCUGAAAGGGGUACUUUAAUUUUAACAUUUGUCAUUUAUUUUUUUCUGCAACAAAUAUAUCGACAGCGUUUUGAACUACCAACAAACAACCACUUCAA